UAAAAUGGCUAAGUGUCACAUAUAUCUGCUGGGACUGAUCAUUUUCUGCUCACUUCUCACAGGUACCAGUGGAGUGGUCAAUGUGUUCUGUAGUGAUGGAGUAAAUGUCACUCUGCCCUGCAGUGAUGCUCCUCCUGACUGCACAUUAACACACUGGAUCUAUUAUAAAGACAGCAAAUCAACUGUUGCACUGUUUACUAAAGGAAACAAAAACAAUGGCAAUAAAAGACUGGGGUCUGACUGCUCUCUGAACAUCUAUAAAACCACAAAAGAAGAUCACGGGCUUUACAUCUGCAGACAACAAAUUCAUACAAAUGAUCCAUACACUGAUCCCAAUGUUUAUCUGCAUUUUCUUCAUGUGUCUUUAUCAUCCACACAGACUGAGAUUAAAGCAGGCAGAUCUGUCACUUUCUCCUGUCAAUUAUAUUCAAUAGAUGGAUAUGAUUGUGAGCGUUUGAUCGAUAAUGAUGGAUUUCAGAUGAUCUGGGUGAAUGAGUCUGAUGUUAAUCUACAAUCAGACUCCAGAUAUCAGAUCUCAUCUUCAAUAAAACACUGUAACAGCAGUCUGACUACAACACUCCUGAAUGAAGACAACAACAGAGAGUUAAGAUGUCAGAUUAUUAAAGGAACUGAAGUUAAGACCUCAGACAGAUACACUGUCAAGUAUUCAGUGGUUUCAUCUUUAAAUUCAGCAAACAGUGAGACUGUGGGUGGAUUAUUAUUAAGAGUGAUUAUCAUCAUUGUUGAGUUUGCAGUACUGACAGCACCUACUGUUAUUCUUCUCUUGAUCAUCUGUGAAAGGAGAUCUGAGAAGAAGAGAACUCACAACAUCUAAACAAUUGACAGACAAAUCCAAAUGUCAUUUAUUUGCCCUUCUGUUGAAGUCUUAAAUGUUGUCUAUUAAAUGAGACAUAUCAUUAAAAUCUGCCUUUUUCCAUGUUUAAAUGCUAUAAUUGGGUCUCCAGUGCUUCUAUCAACCUGGAAAAUUUGACAAAGAUCAACCCAGUAACUUAGUUUCUGUCAUGGGCUUGCCAGACCUUUCGUAAUAGACUCAGGUCUGAAUGUAUUUGGCAAGACCAUGACAGUACUAUGUUCUGUGUGGGAGCAUGUGGAGUCAUAUAGUUUGUGUGGCUUCCACGUGUUCCCAGUGUUUUGUGGCUGUCAUGGUCUUGCCUGACCUUGGUUAUUAUCCAGGUCGGAUGUUAGAGGGCAAGGCUAUGGCAGCAUUGUGUUUACGUGGGAACACGUGUGUUUUCACAUCAUGUAUGUGUGACAUGUGUUCCCAGUGUCUUGUCACUUUCACCCAACUCCCUUAUGUACUCGUGUCUUACGUGAUUAAUUAUGUUAACCUGUUCCCCAUUGAUGUGCUGUCUUUAUUAUGCCCUCGCGUUCUCUGUGUUGUGCGCGUGCGUUGUUGUAUGUUCAGAGUUUCCUCGUAUUCCGUGUGCUCUGUUUCAAGUUCCU